GAUGAAACAAGCGUUUUGAAAUCAUUUAGAGAUCGUGGCCAAAGGUGUUGACUUUUUACAUUGUUGUGAAGUGAAAUAAUUUCACUUUAUCCGAAGACGUUCUCAGAUUGUCUCAUAGUUUACUCUUUAAAUUUGUGGAGGUUUCUUGUUUAUUUCGGAUUGACAGUUUAUUUCAGAUCAGGUAAAUGUCUGGAGCUUAUCGGAAGAAUAUCGAUCAUUCAUUCCAUCAUCCAUAUUAUCAGUCAUUUGAAAGGCGGAUUCAGAGAUUUAAAAAUUGGACCGGGAGUGUUGAUCCACGUCUGUUAGCCCGUGCUGGCUUCUUUUACACAGAUAGAGAGGAUUAUGUGAUAUGCUUCGCGUGUGGAAUUGGGGUUAAGAAUUGGGACAGUUCCUGUGAUCCUUGGAGCGAGCACCAGAAGUACAAGCCAAAGUGUCCGUUCCUGCAGACGGGCUUAAAAGACUACAGGAGAGAGAUAGAGGCAUCGAAGUUCACGACGUUUGAAGAACGGUUGAAGUCUUUCACUGAGCUAUGGCCUGGGACGGAGUUUCAGGAUCCAGUUCAAAUGGCAAACGCUGGGUUUUACUAUCUCGGUGUUUGUGAUCAUGUCAAAAGCUUCUGUUGCAACAUUCAUCUUCGUUCGUGGUGUCCCGAGGACAUUCCGAUAAGGGAACAUUCCCGAUGGAGUCCGGAUUGUGAUUACGUCAAAGAACGCCUGAUGACAGAAAACUUGGGAAAACAGAAAUGUCUUUUUGAAGAAGACAAAACAACAACGAAAAUUGGGAAAGAAACGAUCGUGAAAAAGAAAGCCAAGGCAGGAGAUCUAGAAGAGGACUUCUGUGAAGCAGAAAUACAUUCUAUCAACGAACUGGGCCAGGGGCUGUCCAUCCGAACUGAAGAUUAUGGAAACCAUUUUGAAAUGGAGACCAUUUGCACCACGUCUAUCAACGAACUUAGAAAACCUCUGCUGAAAAAAGUUUAAGCAGAAAAUCUUUUUAAUGGCAUUUUUUGACUUUUAAUUUCGUUUAUUUAAAACAAGUUCAUUCAAAUAUUCAUUAUUACAUCAUCAUCAUCAUCAUCAUUAUCAUCAAACAUCGCACAUUUAGUGUAUACAAAUAAACACCUAUAUCGUGGUAGAUAUCUUUUCUAAUACAGUCAACCAGUCAUUUUUAGAACAGUAUUUUGCAUACAGAUUUCUUUUCAAACUAAAUAAGAGGUUUUUCUCUGACAUUUUCUCACCCUUUAAUCUACAUUUCAUCUUAUAUUUAUACAUACUAAAGGUAAUAAAAGGCAUUUUUUGACUUAAAUAAGAAUAUGUGUAUAUAUACAUAUGCAGGAUGGCUAACGAAUUACCCAUUAGAUGUACAUGUACAAGACUUAAGACUUUUGUUUUGAGACCAUAAAUUCUAUUAUUACUCGAAUAAUUCCUUUAGUUUAACACAGAUCUCUUAAUUCUUUAGUUACACUGUCCAUGUACAUGUAAAAUAUUUUCUUGAAAAAAAAAAUGAUAAUGGUAUAUAUAUAAUAUAUUAUCGACCCCCCCCCCCCC